UCCAAUCGUUGUCACUCUCACAUAUAUAUUCUAUAAAUGGAGUCUCGAUUUUCCUUCUCUUUCACUAAUCAGCGUAUAUGUUUUCCUUUUCCAUUCCAAUUUAAGCGUAAUCGACGUAGAGAAGUUCAUUGAAAUAACUUUUGCGUAAAAAAAAAACUAAUAUUCGAAGCUACAAAUUUCUCAAUUCCUUUUCGUUUGUCUGUUCAUCUCUCAAAUUCGAGAGGAAACUCUUUGCUCUGCUGCAUUUCCGGUGUUCGGCUGUUUUUGGGCGUCGAUUCGCCGCAUUCUGAGAGGAAACCUAGUUUGAAAAUAGGAGGCGAUGGGGAUUGAUUUGGGAUCCGUGGUGGAGGCGGUGAGAAAUUUAACCACCUCAGAUCAUGCUUCUGUGGUAUCGAUUACCCUGUGUGUGACUCUCCUCUGCGCGAGUGUUGUGAUCGGUCAUCUAUUGGAGGAAAGUCCUUGGAUGAAUGAAUCCAUCACUGCCCUCUUAAUUGGCGUGGGAACCGGAGUUAUGAUUUUACUUCUAAGUGGAGGGAAAAGCUCACACCUCUUUAUCUUCAGCGAAGAUCUCUUCUUCAUUUAUCUCCUUCCUCCAAUCAUCUUCAAUGCUGGGUUCCAGGUUAAGAAGAAGCAAUUCUUCCAAAAUUUUGCGACUAUAAUGAUGUUUGGAGCAAUUGGUACAUUGGUAUCUUUCUCAAUCAUAUCACUUGGUGCUAUUACCAUUUUUGAGAAAAUGGAUCUUGGUCUUGAAAUUGGGGAUUAUCUUGCAAUCGGAGCUAUUUUUGCUGCAACAGAUUCUGUCUGUACAUUGCAGGUGCUAAGUCAGGAUGAGACUCCACUAUUAUACAGUUUAGUGUUUGGAGAAGGCGUUGUAAAUGAUGCAACAUCAGUGGUGCUUUUCAAUGCAAUCCAGGAUUUUGAUCUUUCUCGUAUGAAUUCAGCUAUAGCUUUGCAGCUGAUUGGGGAUUUCAUUUAUUUAUUUAUCUCAAGCACUGUGCUAGGAGUUUUCCUGGGACUGCUCAGCGCAUAUAUAAUAAAGAAGCUUUAUUUUGGAAGGCACUCAACUGAUCGUGAGGUUGCAAUCAUGAUGCUCAUGGCUUACCUAUCAUACAUGUCUGCAGAAUUAUUCUAUUUAAGUGGGAUCCUCACGGUCUUCUUUUGUGGGAUUGUAAUGUCACAUUACACCUGGCAUAAUGUGACUCAGAACUCGAGAGUUACAACUAAACACACCUUUGCAACAAUGUCAUUUGUUGCUGAGACAUUCAUAUUUCUGUAUGUUGGCAUGGAUGCUCUGGACAUUGAGAAGUGGACGGUAGUAAGUGACAGCCCGAAAACCUCGAUCAAAGUCAGUGCAAUCCUACUUGGACUGGUCUUGGUUGGAAGAGCAGCUUUUGUUUUUCCCUUGUCAAUUUUAUCCAACUUCAACAAGUCUCCACGUGAGAAAAUCGGCUUUAAGCAGCAAAUUACCAUAUGGUGGUCUGGACUUAUGCGAGGUGCUGUAUCCAUGGCUCUUGCUUACAACCAGUUUACCAGGGCAGGCCACACCCAGUUACGUGGCAAUGCCAUCAUGAUCACCAGCACCAUAACGGUCGUGCUCUUCAGCACCGUGGUGUGUGGGUUGAUCACAAAACCAUUGGUGAGAUUCUUGAUGCCCUCAUCUUCAGAGCUCAACAGAUCUAUGUCUUCAGAGCCAGGCAGUCCCAAGUCCUUCGCUGUGCCACUUCUUGGCAGUCAUGAUUCUGAUUCCGAACUUUUCAACGGAAGCGGGCAGGCGUCGGGCGUUCAUGGGGACCAGCAGCCUGCAGUCCACCCGAGCAGCUUGCGCAUGUUUCUCACGACCCCCAGCCGCACCAUUCACUACUACUGGAGGAAAUUCGACAAUGCCUUCAUGCGGCCCGUCUUUGGUGGCCGUGGCUUCGUCCCCUACGUGCCGGCCUCCCCGACCGAACCAAGCGUGCAUGAAUGGCCUGCACAAGAAGCCAAUGACUAAUCAUGCUGCUCUAACAUCAUGAUAAAGAGGGAGAGAGGUGUUCUCAAGUGUCUAGUUUUCCAGCUUUUGGUAUGUAUUUUUUUGUUAGCAAGGUUCUGUGGAUGUGGUCUUGCAAUUAAUUAGCUAUUUAUAGUCAAGUUGUAAUUAUUAAUUUUCUACUAUUUGUAUAUUGUAACUUCUCUGGCAUACAUAAUGCUAGUUUGAAUCAUCUCAAUUACUCUCUCA